UUCAGCAUCGUCUCCGAAGUAGUGGAUGGAUGUUAAAACAUGCAAGGAAGAAAUUGGUUUUGUUUGUGUAGCCUCCAUGUUGUUGCUUUUGUUAAGUUAUAUUAAGCUAAAUCGUUGACUUAGCUAAGCAAUGACUUACUGUUGAAACAAGUUGAACUAUAUUUUAACUUUCGCGCUUGCGUUUUUAGAAGCCUCGUUUUUUCGCUCUCUGCUUGUGCCGACUGCCGUGGGUGUGCGUGCACACAUGAUACACACUUUGGACAUGGAUCCGUUACUAGUUCUGCAGGUCGUGCUGUACACUGCUUCUUUCAUUUGCGGGAUUGUUACAGCCGUUUUAGUCACAAUUGUGCAGGCCCAGAACGAGGGGAAGUGCUUGCUGUACGGAACACUCCAGUACGAUAACUCCACCGCCACGAUUAGUGUGACCUCCUCUGGCGACCCGUCUGUCUGCAACUUUGCGAUGGCCAUCCCUGUGUGUGUCACGGUGUUCUGUUUCUCACUCAUUUGCUACAGCUGUGUAUGUGGACAGGGCAGUGGAGGGCGCCUGUGUGUGAACAUCACCCUGGGGAUGAGUGGACUCCUCAUGUUCCUCUUGAUCAUCAGCGGCUGCCUCCUGAAGAUAGGAAGAGACAAGUUAUGCGAGUCUCUUCCACUACCCCAGUUUAACAGGUGUGAUGACGCCCAGAAUGUCCAGUGGGACAUAUCGAAGAGUGGCAGCAGAUUCUACACCCUUCUUCACAGUGCUGAGAUAUCGGUGUGGGUGAAUUUCUUCUGCUUGCUGUUCGUCGGAGGCCUGGCAAUUGCCCAGUGCAGUCCAGGGACAUCCGGGGGAGGGGGCCGGGCGACGCGUUGCCAUCGGGGAGGCAGGGGACGCAGGAGGUGAAGCUGUAGUUGGGAGGUUCACUAAAAAACACCAGCGUAUUUUAGACCAAAUUAUUGUUAUUAUUAUUUUACCUGAGUUGUUAUUGUGAUUAAUUAAUAAUUGAUCAUGAUACAUUUGUCAUGAUACAUGUCAAGUUGUGCUUUGUUGUGUUGUAAAUACAGCUUUUUGCAAUGAUGAGUAAGUCUUUUACAUUGUUAGCCAUACAUGCACAUUACACAUGCCUAUAUUGCAUCACCUUUAUCCUCUGAGAAGACAGAAAACGCACUAUCAAUCUGCACUUUCGAAGACCUGUCAAAUAUUUGACGUUGUAUUAGUGAGUGCAGUCCAGGGUUUUAAUGAGAUAGGAGAUGGUAUUUUAAGAUGUACAGCACAACGAACAUAUAACAUCUAACGGCUUCUCUUCUGUGCUGUACUGUAUGCUAUGUGCUUCCCUGAGCGCACCCACCGGAGUCUAGGUCUUCUUUUGAGUUUUUACAGUUUCUUUAUUGUGCAUUUUCAGUGUAUCCCUGUGUGUGAGCGCAAGCUAAGAAUUCCGUUUCUUUAUUGUGCAUUUUCAGUGUAUCCCUGUGUGUGAGCGCAAGCUAAGAAUUCCGUUUCUUUAUUGUGCAUUUUCAGUGUGUGUGUGAGGGCAAGCUAAGAAUUCGGUCAGACCAUUUGUUUUUGUUUUUGUUUACAUAACAGUAUACAACACACAAUAAAAAAAACUCCCAUCGCAUGUUGCACAUGUUAACAUCAACACUUCCAACUCUUUCACUUCAGAAAUAAAACUGAUAUGAAUAACUGAUAAACUGAUAUUUUAGUGCAUGGAUUACAAUGUGGUUUAUUUUCACAACAUGCACAUUGUGUGCAAAUAUCUUAAAGGAAAUGGUCAGUGUCAUAAUCUUCACCCAUUGGUGAACAACACAGCUGCAAAGUGAGUCUCAUUAAAUAGAUUUUUGUAAAAUUCACCUCUGACUUUGACUUAUGACUUUGAAUGAUCUUUUAGAAUAAUCGUUGAGGAAAACAUCUUUAAACUUUUGUGAUGCAAUGAACUUUUGACUUAUG